AAAACAGCAAAAUCUCCAACUGUGGUUAUGUCUCCCUCUCUCCAUCUCACUUCUUACCGAACUUAACCCCACACACACACACACUAAUAGAUCUCCUGAAUUCUUAAUUACUCAUCUUCUCCGGAUCUUUUCUCUAGUCUCUACAUUUCUGCCAUCCAUGGACCAACACCACCCCCAGCUCACGUUAGCCAAGAGCUCUCGUAACAACUAUAACGAGUGGAUAUUUCGCGAUGUCCCGAGUGAUAUAACUAUAGAAGUAAACGGUAUCGCGUUCGCAUUACAUAAGUUUCCACUCGUAUCCCGUAGCGGGCAAAUCCGGAAAGCAGUUUCGGAAAACCGAGACUCGGUCAUAUCACGAAUCGCGCUUCAAAACCUACCCGGAGGCACCGUAACAUUCGAGCUCGCUGCUAAAUUUUGUUACGGGAUCAAUUUCGAGAUAACACCAUCGAACGUCGCACAGCUGAUUUGUGUUUCUGAAUACCUUGAAAUGACUGAGGAUUACUCGAACAACAACCUCGGAUCGCGUGCCGACGAGUAUUUAAACCAUAUUGUCUGCCAGAAUCUCGAAAUGUCAGUUUUAGUCCUUCAACAAUGUGAAAACUUACUUCCGAAAGCCGAUGAGCUCAAAAUCGUUACGCGAUGUAUCGAUGCGAUUGCGUCGAAAGCGUGUGUGGAGCAAAUCGCAUCUAGUUUUUCGAGGUUGGAGUAUAGUAGUUCGGGUAGACUACAUAUGAGUCGACAAAAGUGUGAAUUGGACUGGUGGAUUAAAGAUUUAUCUGUUCUUCGAAUCGAUUUGUACCAAAGAGUUAUGACAGCGAUGAAAUGUCGUGGGGUGAGACCCGAAAGUAUUGGUGAAUCGCUUAUGAAUUAUGCACAAAAAGAGUUGACUAAAAAGCCGAAUGGUGGAAUGAAUGAUCACGAACGACUUGUGGUCGAGACGAUUGUCGGUUUGCUUCCGGUUGAGAAACUUGCGGUCCCGUUAAGUUUUCUUUUCGGGUUGCUUCGAAGUGCGGUGAUGCUUGAUUGUACGGUUGCUAGUCGGCUUGAUCUCGAGAGACGAAUUGGAUCGUUGUUGGAUAUAGCGACACUUGAUGAUCUUUUGAUACCGAGUUUUCGGCAUGCUGGCGAUACAUUGUUUGAUGUUGAUACGGUUCAUAGGAUUUUGGUUAAUUUUGCGCAGCAAGAUGAGACUGAUGAUGACGAUGAUGAUGAUCAAGAUGGUUCGGGUUUUGGAUCUGACGGUCUCGGUCUCGAUUCACCAUCUGAAACGGCUUUGUUUAAGGUUUCGAAGUUGGUUGAUAAUUAUCUUGCGGAAAUAGCGCCUGAUGCAAAUCUUAAACUUUCUAGGUUUAUAGCCGUUGCAGAGAGUUUACCCGCGCAUGCUCGGACUGUCCAUGAUGGACUGUAUCGAUCCAUUGAUGUUUACCUUAAGGCUCAUCAGGGUUUAUCGGAAGCUGAGAAAAAGAAGCUCUGCAAAUUAAUUGAUUUCCAGAAACUGUCAACAGAAGCGGGUGCACAUGCUGCACAAAACGAUCGCCUGCCACUUCAAUCAAUCGUCCAAGUUCUAUACAUCGAGCAAUUAAGACUUAGAAACGCCUUAUACUGCUCUGACCUAGGUGGUGGUGGUGACCACCAGAAGCCGCCACCAGUGCACCACCAGUCAUGGCGGAUCAACAGCGGCGCUCUCAGUGCUGCGAUGUCUCCAAAGGAUAACUAUGCAUCACUCAGGCGAGAAAACCGGGAGCUUAAACUUGAAUUGACUCGGUUAAGAAUGAGAUUGAAUGAUUUGGAAAAAGAGCAUGUUUGUAUGAAGAGGAAUAUGGAAAAGUCUAACUCGCGUAAAUUUAUGAGUUCCUUUUCCAAGAAAAUCAGUAAAUUUAAUCUUUUUGGACAUAAUUCUUCAAGGGGAUCCAGAUCUACAUCUCCAUCCAGGAAUUCACAAAGAACUGAUUCUAAGGGCGUGUUCGGUUUGAGGAUUCUGGCAAAAUCCAAUGGAACUGGAAUUCGAGAUUCCAUUCCAUUCUACCGCAUGUUUGAUGGAUUUCACCAUUCCUUAGGAUAG